AUGUCUGCAAGAGAUUACUACGGCGGCGGUGGCCAGCAGCAGCAGCAACAGUACUACCCCCCUCAAGGUCCUCCGCCCGGCCAGGGUGGAUACUACCCCCAACAACCUCCACAGGCGUACGGCGGUGGACCCGGAUACGGCGGCGGCUACCAACCGCAGCCGCCCCCGCAGACGGUCUAUGUCCAGCAGCCUGCGCAGCAGUCGAGUGGUGGCGGCGGUUGCACGGCGUGUUUAGCCGGCAUUCUGUGCUGUUGCUGCGCAGAAGAGAUGUGCGACUGCCUGUUCUAA